GCCAAUUAACCACACCUACUUCCUGGCCUGACUAGAACCUGCUACGAACCUGAUAAAGCGCCCUUCUCGCGGACACUUUAAUUAAAGUGGAUGUUGGCGCGGCUGCUAGCAUGACGGAAGAGGGUUCGAGUGUACCUCACCCGCCGGAAGAGACCAGGCCUAAAACAUCAGGGGGAAUGUCAUCUGAGUCCAAAGCACUCCGUAAAAGUUAUGACCAAUUUAUGAAGGGUGCAGACCCGAGCAGUUUAGUGGCGCCACUCUACAGCCAAGAUUUGCUGACUGAUGAUGAGAAAGCAAGAGCUUUACUAGACACACAGACAAACCGUAAAAGGCUGGAUGAGAUAUUCGAUGCUCUUACCCGGCGCGUUGGAGUUGAACCAAAAGCAUUCCUGCUAAUUAUGCAGACUCUCAAAAAUGUACCGGCAUUGAAACCGAUGGGAGAGAAAAUGCAAGAACUUUAUAAUGAAGUGGUUGGUGAAUUUGGAUGUGAUAGCAGUAACGAGCAUGCUAUAGGAAGAGUUGAACCCUCUCAUUCUGACUCAAACAGUUUGCCCCAACUAACAUCCAAAGCCAAUCACCAAACUAAGUUGACAACCUCCACCUUUCCCCCUGAAGCAUUUUCUGUUUUUGGGACAUCAAUUCGGUGUGUUAUAAAAAUGUGCUUUGAUAACUACAAUAAUUGUACUAUCUUUCCAAAAGAAACCGUAGAUAUAGCGUGGUUGAGGGCCGACCACCUUCUCAGGGGUAUGAAAUCACAGACGCAGCGUGUCAACUACUAUUGGAACAACAACCCGACCAGGAAGUUCAGCAUCAACUGAGACUACAACGAUCACAUUUUCGUAUGUGCUUAUGUAGAUCUAAAUUUUUAAUUGUAUAAUAAUUAUUAUUUUGUCUUAGUUUAUCAGGCAGCAGUGGUCAAGGAAGUACUGCAUCUGUUGAGAUAACGACAUCUACUUCACCGUGGGUUUUAAUACUUUUCAUUGCUCUUAUCAUUUCUUCUAUCAAUUUUGUACGAUAUUAUGUUUACUUUGUUUAAUUUUUUGCCUCUAGUGAUUUGCCUUCAAAUGUUACAAGUAAUACCCCAAAGAGUUAUGAACAUGACACGUACAUAAAAAAGGAGCUGGAUGUUCAAAGCCAGGUGAAGUGUGGCAAGUUGUUUGCUUUUUAUCAGCAACAAUAAUAUUAGGAGACAGCUGAGUUAAAAGAGCGACUUAAACGCUAUGAAGAGCAGAACAAAAUUGUUAAGGAAAAACUGUCUAAGGCGCAACAGAUAAUCAGGGAGCAACAACAGCAUAUCGAAGAGAUGAAGCAUCAGCAAAUUCAAGAUCCCGGGAUUCAAGUGAAGCAGCUUAAGUCAUCAUGCAAACUUACUGUGAAGUGCAAUAAUAAAGGAAAAAUCAUACCAGGCAGAAUGUCAAGGGGGUCUUCAACAACAGAUGGUCGAUUGGCUUAUUUUACACCUUGGGGGGGUUCAAGUGCUAUUUAUAGCUAUGAUUGGAGAACAGAUAAAUGGGAAGAACUUCCUUCAUGUCCUUGCCGUAACGCAGGACUAGCAAUAAUUGAUGGUGCAUUAACAGCCGUAGGAGGAAUGAAUGCAUCUUCUAAACCUAGCAACAAACUGUACACACUACGACGAAAACGAUGGAAUGACUACCUUACAAUGGGUGCUGCUUGUUCCUCCCCAGCUAUAGCUAGCACAGACAAUCAUGUGUUUGUUAUCGGGGGAAAUGAUGCAAGCCAUGAUAUUUCCACCAUUAAAAGCUUUGAAAUUAAGAGUAAAAGAUUUCUGAAACAAACACCAUUACCACAAGCAUUAGCCAGACCUUCAGCAACCAUAUGUCAUGAUAAGCUACACGUCAUAGGAGCCAAUGCCAUAGGAUUUUCUUGUUCACUUCAUGCUCUGGUAUCGAGUGAAGAAUGCAAAGUUACAUCCCUUCCCCAGCUACCAGUGAUGGCAUCAACUGCUGCUAGCCUCUGUGGACAAUUAGUUAUAAUCGGUGGAACACCAGGAAGUACUGCAUCAUCCACUAAGGCUUCAGUUAAUUCCAUUUACCAACUUAUGGAUGAGCAAUGGGUGGAGAUUGGCACUAUGCAUUUUGGUCGAAAAAGUUGCUUUGUAGUGAACACAACACCAGAAAAACUUGUUGAUAGUUGGUGGACGAGACAAAGUAAAAAUGUUAGACAGUAUUGAAGAAUGCACUGUGAUCCAACGAUAACUGAUGACACUUCAAAAUGGCCAACAGCAUCUUUCAAAGAAUUCAUCGACUUAAAAAAUGUGCUUUGCAAGGGCCAAAAUUGCAAAAUCAAUGCCCCCCCCACGAGUAUAAUUAGAAUUAUGACUCAAUGUAUCUCCUUAAAACUAUAUUUGAUGUAUUGCAUCAUCCAGUUUCCUAUUGACUGCGGAUAAUGCGGUCAAAACACUGCUUGCAGCACUGUUACACAUAUACUCUAACGUGUUACUUUACUCAGAGAUGAAACGGAAAAAAUUGUCUAUGCUGUGUCCGUGUAGUGUGUUCUCUUCAAGACCAUUUCUUGUGAUAAUAUGUGA